AUGUCCUUCUUUGAGAAAAUAUCUACAGCAGACUUAAUGGAGACUUUCAGGGAAGAACUGACCUGUUUCAUCUGCUUGGACUAUUUCAACAGCCCAGUGACCACCGAGUGCGGGCACAGCUUUUGUCUGGUGUGCCUCCUGCGGAGCUGGGAGGAGCAAAGCACCCCUUUAUCUUGCCCCGAGUGCUGGCGGACCUUGGAGACCCCGCAUUUCCAGCCCAACGAGCAUCUGCGGAGACUGGCUGCUAUGGGCAGGCAGCUCAGAUCCCAGGUGCUGCACAGUGAGGGCGAGCCAGGCAGCUCUGGGAAAACGCUGGCCGACUCUAAGGUGUUCUCUGAUGAGGAGCAGGGUGCAAGCCCUUUCUCAACCCAGUGGCAUGGAGUAAACAGAGGGUACCUCUCGCGUGAGGCUGAGAAGCAUCACAAAGUAAGACUGGCCAGUUUGCAUAAAAAGAAGAAGGAAACUCAGGUUAUAUUAACCCAUGAGAAGGAGAGAGUGAUAUUGUGUAAGGAAGAGACAAAGGCCUGUAAACAGGUUGUUGUGUGCGAAUACAUAAAAAUGCACCAGUUCCUGAAGGAGGAGGAGCAGCUGCAGCUACUGUUACUAGAGGAGGAGGAAAGAGAGAAUCUGAAGAAGUUGAGGGACAGUGAGAUGGCGCUGACCCAGCAGUUAGGAAGCCUCAGCAAGAUGAUCGAACAGAUGGAGUCCAUGUGUCACAACUCGAUUUUAAAAUCUUUUGAGGAUGUGAGGGGAACCGUGGAAAGGGGCGAGGCAGUCCUGCUUCAGUGUCCAGAGGCCACCACCAUGGAGCUGACAUUGUGCCGCAUCACUGGGAUGAGAGAGAUGCUGAGGAAAUUCAGCACAGAUGUAACCCUGGAUCCAGCCACCGCCAGUGCCUGUCUCAUCCUGUCUGAGGAUCUGAAAAGUGUGAGGCAUGGAGGAAUCCGACAGCAGCUCCCCGACAGCCCAGAGAGAUCUGACCAGUGGGCGACAGUGCUGGGGGCUCAGAGCUUCACCUGCGGGAGGCACUACUGGGAGAUGGUAGUGGGCAACAAGACCGAGUGGGAGGUGGGCCUCUGCCAGGACUCAGUGAGCAGAAAGGGGAACCUCCCAAAGCCACCCGGGGACCUCUUCUCCCUCACAGGCCUGAAAAUUGGAGAUAAUUACAGUCUUUGGGUCUCAUCACCUUUAAAAGGUCAACACGUCAGAGAGCCUGUGCAGAAGGUUGGUGUUUUCUUAGACUACAAGUCUGGACAUAUAGCAUUCUACAAUGUGACAGAAGCGUCCCUUAUCUACAGCUUCCCUCCAACCUCUUUCCAAGGGGCUCUCUGGCCUCUCUUUUCGCCUUGCCUCCCCAAUGAAGGGACGAACACAGACCCUCUGACCAUCUGCUCACUGACUAGCCAUGUCUAA